AGCGUCUUCCCUACGGCCCCCUUUUCCCCGCCUUCUCCAUCCGGGUGCCGCCGCGCGAAUAAGAGGCGGAACGCGCCUGCGCGCCCAGCGCCACUCCUUCGACCUCUGCCGCCGUCGUUGCCGCCGCCACCUCCCGGGAAGAAGGGAAGCGGGAGAGGAGCCCACGUCGGCCGUCACCCAGGUCUUCCAGCCGCGCCGCCCCGAAGAGUGUAAGAUGUUCACCUGCGCCAAGCUCGCCUGCACCCCUGCUCUGAUCCGAGCUGGAUCCAGAGUUGCAUACAGACCAAUUUCUGCAUCAGUGUUAUCUCGACCAGAGGCUAGGACUGGAGAGGGCUCUACGGUAUUUAAUGGAGCCCAGAAUGGUGUGUCUCAACUAAUCCAGAGGGAGUUUCAGACCAGUGCAAUAAGCAGAGACAUUGAUACUGCUGCCAAAUUUAUUGGUGCAGGUGCUGCAACAGUGGGAGUGGCUGGUUCUGGUGCUGGUAUUGGAACAGUCUUUGGCAGCCUUAUCAUUGGUUAUGCCAGAAACCCUUCGCUGAAGCAGCAGCUGUUCUCAUAUGCUAUCCUGGGAUUUGCCUUGUCUGAAGCUAUGGGUCUCUUUUGUUUGAUGGUUGCUUUCUUGAUUUUGUUUGCCAUGUAACAGAAAUUACUGCUUGAAAUGUUGGCAUUCAUAUUAAUUACGGAUAUAAUUCUGUGUAUCUUACUGUGACUCCGAAAACUGUAGUACUGGUGUCAUGGAAAUGUACAUUAUUUCCAAGGUCAUUUCAUUAAAGAUGAAAACUUUA